AUGUCUUCAGGGCGUGGCAGGUACCCUCUGCGUCAGGACAACACAUAUUUCCCUCCGCCUGCCGUCUCUGGACAUCAAAACGGAUGGGCGGCACCGUUCCAGCCCGCCGGAACGGCGAACGGGCACCCUCCCUUGAGUCCUGCCCAUUAUCUCUUCGUCAAUGGGUACAUGGCGAGACCCGAAGCACCUCAGCAGCCAGUCCCAUGCCCAUUUCCAUACGCCCCCAUGCACACCACCAACAUCCCCGCCGCUCCGUCUGCCAUGGUGGCGGCCACCACAGCAACGCCAAACAAGAGCCGGCCAGCGAAGAAGCGGAACUCGUCGCCCGACAACUCGAAGGGCACGCGGUCUGCCAAGAUCCAGCGGGUGUCCCAGGAUGCACCCGACAUCGAAAUGCUGGACGCCUCGCCAGCGCCGCCCAAGCGCAACGGGCCACAGAAGCACGGGACCGCUCACACCCGCGCGCGCGCUCGUGCCCGUGCCCGCAAGGGUGUCCCCAAGGUGCCGCCAAACGCGUACAUCAUCUUCCGCAGCGACUACAUCAGGAAGCACCACGUGAAGAGCUCCAUUCCCGGUGCGGGUGGGCUGCAGACGCAUAUCUCGGGUAUAUGGAACGCCAUGUCGGCGCCCGAAAGAGCUGUUUGGUACCAGAAGCACGCUGAAGCGAAAGAACAGCACCGUCGGGAUUACCCUCAUCUGUACGUUCCGGAGGAAGUUGGCAGCUCCGACGACGACGACGAUCCGCAUGACGAAGAUUACAUCCCAGAAAAGAGCGAGACGGACGAACCAGCCGAUACUGUGGCGUUCUUCCAGGUACAUGAUGUGGCGGAAGCGUCCACUUCGCCAAUUCUACCCAACGAUGUACCUCUGCACGAAGAACAGAGGACUGGGACUGCCCAUGUGUCCGCAACACAGCUUCCGUUAGCACCUGUCCCCCCGCCGAUUGAGCCCAUACCUGAUAGCUAUGCCACCCGCGGACCGUUCGCUAGUCUUCCCGAUAGCCUCAAACGCAUCAUCAACAAUUGGGAUGAUGCGAGCAGCCCGCCUGUCACUCCGCAUGUGUCCGCUACAGAAAUGGAGCCACCGGCCGUGCCUCUUCCCGACGCUCAACAAGAUCAAGCUCAGCGUUCUCAAUGCGAUGUCAUUCCCGAGCCAGGAAGCCCCGCCACCGUAGGAGCCAGCUCAUAUGACCAGCCAGCUGAUGUUUCCACCGCACCCAACCGUCUCAGCAUGAUUGGCCGUCUGAAUCUGGAGUCCACAACGGCACAAUAUAAUUCAUAUACCGAACCCUUGGAGCUGUGCACAUUCCAAGAUAUCUGCAGAAGUGUCUUGACAAAAGAAGGCGAAAUGAUGGUGUUUCGAAGCAUCGCAUUUCCGGAUAUACAUGUCGUUGGAGUGCCGACUUCAAUAGCGAAGAACACCGGCAAAAUUGCAUCUAGUAUACUGCUCGAGCAGGCUCCGCCAUACCAUCAACGUUGUGGCUGCAGGCCGGAUUCUCAACUAAAGAUAAUGUGCAGGACAAGUGAUGCCGGAAUCAAAAAGGCAAUCGGACUUGUCGUGUUUGCCGUAGUCCAUCGAUUGGGCCGCUUUUUUGUGCACACCCAGGCACGGAAAAUGAGGCAGGAGGAGACUGAGAGACUGUCGAGUGGCCUUACAUUGUACAUCAAGAAUCUUCGACAAUCGUACCGCACUUUGGAGAACUCUAGUCAACAGAGGGAUGAGCGGCGACGUCUGGACUUGGGUCCAGUCGCGGUGGCUGCGGUCUGGCACCUUAAUACACUCUACUCUGGUCAUCUCCCCACAAUGCUUCGUGUAAUCAGACUAUUCAGUGCAUCCUCAGGCUCCCGACAUCGGAACCUUGCAAGGCUUGCCAGGACGAGCAAUGCGUUUUUCGUUCCGGCUAUUGAUGCCUUGUGGUACACUCUUAGCAGCACGAAACCAAUCAUCCACCUUCUGGACUUCCUUCCUUUCGGAACUCCGGCCAAAGCAUUCGCAGAGACGGCGUCCAGUCGCAAUGAUCGCACAUGCCCACUAUGGCGUCUUCACUACUAUGCUGGUCGCAUCCGCAAAUUGUCCGUAACUCAAUAUGUCAAUCAGCAGCGAGAGCUAGCAGCGUACGCUCGGCUGCGCUCAGCAUCUGAAUUCCAGCCUCUGUUCACGGGACUCAAUGAGCUCGAAAUAGUGUGGUAUGAUAUACAGCACUAUCAAGACCUGCUUGAUUUCACGUCGCUUGUGGCGGUACCCUCCCUGCACCGGAUGUCUGUUAAGCUCAAUCUAGAACAGAGGCAUGGACUCGACAUGCUGUUACCAGUCUUGGAGAUAUUCAUCUGCAAGGCUGCCUCUGUUCAGUCCUUGAAAGUAGAGCUUCCGUGGGAGGCGCGGCAAGAUGCAAAUGUGGCGCUGUUGCAGAAGGUGAUGUCAUUCAAACGACUCGAAGCACUCGAACUAUACGGCUUUUAUGUCUCUGUCACACAGCUCAGCGACGUCCUUGGCCACUCAGACGGUCUUUCUUAUCUCAAAGUCCACGUCGCAAAUGCCGGAUUACCUGGCUCGCUGUCUCACAGUCCCGCGCUCUUCCCGCGUCUGAACGUCCUGGAAACCAUAGGCAGAUCAGCGCACAUCAUGAAACUCGUUAAAUUGUUGCCCAAGACACUCACAGACCUGCGUCUCACAGUACAAACCUCUUUUCCGCUUGAGAUCAACAAUAUCUGCAUCCGGAUCAAGCACCAUUUUCGUUCGUUUGGGAAAUUGAAGAAAUUGCGUAUAUCUUACGUGGACUACUUGAACCGUAACUACCAGAUCCGCCCUUUCAUAAGACUGUUUGCAAUCGGGCCGUUGUUCGAUAUUGACACGCUUGAGGAUGUGACUAUCAAUUUCGGAGAACAAGUUCUCAUCUGGAGGGACGACGACCUCCUCGCGCUCGCUAAUGCAUGGCCGCGCCUCAAGUCACUGAGGCUCAAUUGGCCCCCGGCCGACAUACCACACGUCCCCACUCUCCACACUCUGGUCCUAUUCGCCCAGUGCUGCUCCCACCUCCAGUCACUCGACUUAUGUCACAAUAGGAUAUACGGGUUUACCGAAAUCCGCAACUAUCAAAACCACCACCGCCAGGCGCCAUACAUGCACGCGAACUGUUUGAACUGA